AUGAAGUUUUCAUACACAUCAUUCUUUGCAUCUAGUCUCUGUUUCAGCCAGUUAGUGGACUGUAGUCCAUUUAUUGAUUUUAAGUCAAGGGAUUUCAAUAUCCGUAAAUUCGUCAAACAGCCAACCAUCAAAAGACUGGAGUAUUCAGAAUUUCAGAUAUCAGAUGGGCUUGCUGGAAACUGCUCAAAAAACGCUGAGAGAGUUUUUUUGACACCAUACAAUUUAACUCAAGUCACUGUACUCAACACAGAAAGCCCAAAUCCGAUUGGCCCCAUUGAUGGCAUUCCUAUUGAAAAAAAUGAUUUAAGCGUCUGCAAGAAAAUGACACGAGCAGCAAUUGACGCCAAAGAAAGCUUCACCACAGCAAUAGAUCAAAGCGGGGGUCCCAAAACAGAACUAGGAAAAGAAUUUCAAAAUGGAAAGAUAUGCAACAAAGUACUCAAACUGACUGGCAAGUUCUUUAGGUCUGUGCUAUGCCUGCAGAUGGAAGUACAGUUACGAGUAGCUACUCCAGCUCAAAGAAAAAAACUAGCCGAGCAAAUCACCAAACUUGAAGAGGCCAUCCUUGGUGAUCAAGCAGCUAGCGGUCAAAAGCAGCGGUCAGUCGAGUCAUGA